UAAAUAAAUAAAAAUAAAUAAACAAAUAAAUAAAAUUACAUGUAGCUAGUUUCUUCUUAAUUAUUAAUUUGAGUGGGAGCUUUUCAAUAUUUCCAUCAGCUAUUUCUGGAAAACAUCAUUACCACCAUGAUGUUUCUUUUUUCCUUAUGCUAACAAGAUUCCCUCUUCUUACCUCAAUCAAGCUGCCACAUGUCCUCUUCCCAUUUGUCCAAAUAUUUUUUUAAUAAAAAAAGUCAACACAAAGCAAGAAGACUUCAUAAAAGGGAAUCACACUUUAGCUUCAUUUCAUAAGCAAAAGACUUUCAAAAAAUCAAGAAAUGAUGAAUCCUCCAUUCUUGAUCCUCUCUUCGGUCCCUCGGCUUAUCGAAACUUCUAUUACGUUUAUUUCGAGUCGAAAAUAUCAUAUGUUCGGUACCGUUUUAUUUGUUAUGUUAUUUUUGCAAUGUAUUCAAACAACGCAAUCCCACCGCAGAAACAUCGUCGAUGAAAAAAACGACGACGACGAUUCCAACCGCCAUCUUCCGAUAGAGCUCAACGUUUUCUUCCACUACGAAGACCUAAGGCUCGGGAAUAAGAUGCCGAUCUACUUCCCGACAAACGACCCUUCGACCACGCCGCAAUUACUAUCGAAGCCGGAAUCCGAUUCCAUUCCCUUCUCGUCAUUCCAACUCCCUCAAAUCCUCCAACUCUUCUCAUUCCAAGAGGGAUCCAAACAGGCCUUAGCCAUGCAAUCGACUCUCCGCCACUGCGAAUUCCCCGCGAUGAAAGGCGAGAGCAAAUUCUGCGCCACGUCGCUCGAAUCCAUGCUCGAUUCCGUCACUAAAAUAUUAGCAACGAAAUUCAAAUCCGUCACCACGAACUACCUCUCGGAACCGAUACCCCUCCUGCAGAACUACACGAUAACCGAAAUAGUGACGGAGCAAACGGUCGGAAAAACGGUUGUCGCUUGCCAUACGCUGCCUUAUCCUUACGCGGUUUUCUACUGCCACGGUCAAGUCAGCGACAAUAAGAUCUAUAAGGUUUUGCUGGCCGGAGAAGAUGGCGGCAGGGUGGCGGCUGCCGCCAUCUGCCACCUGGACACAUCGCAGUGGAACGCGGAUCAUGUUGCGUUUCGUGUUUUGAGGACUGUGCCCGGUGAUUCGCCGGUGUGCCAUUUUUUCCCUCCGGAUAAUCUUGUUUGGAUUCCAUUGUCUCAAGGGGAAAAAUAGAAAAAAUAUAUACUAAAAAAAAUACAUAUAUAUGAAAUAUGUGACUGUUUUAAACAUAUGUAAAGUAUAUAGUUUAUUUAUUUAUUUAUUUAUUUUAUUUUUGUAAGUGUAAAAUAGAGGUGAUUGCUAUAAUUAUGUUUGGGUAGUGUUCUUGAUUUUUCUAAUUGUUGUGGUUUUUUGAUGUGUGUACUGAUGAAAUGAUAUAUGCAAAGUGGUGAUAA